AUGCUGACCUUCGGCAGGACAACCGAAGCCCCUGUGCUUCCUCCAGACCAUCCUCUGCGAACCGCCUUUUCGCGGUAUGGAACCUGGACUGCCCGCCAUGUCAAGACGGUGCUACCCAUGUCGGUAGCACUCGUCUUCCUCCUGCUUUAUCCCAUCUUUUUUCUCUACACGACAGACGCCACCAAUGUUACCAGUGGGGUGUCUAACCUUCCUCACCACGUCUGGACUGAUGCUCAGCCGCUUAGUGAACGCGCUGUCGUAGAGCCCGACGUCAUCAUGCGUUCCAUUUGGGUGCACGGCAGCUACAUGAAAGCGCUUGACCGCGAGGUUUUGCUGGGAGCUCUGGAACUGCAGAAUACCCUCCUAGGGCCAACCACCGACUUCAACCCUCGUCGACCAAACGCACCUCGGAUCUUGCCUGAUGACCCUACGGUUGACAUGACUCGGGACCAAAGGGAUGCUUUCCAUAUUGUCAAUGGGUUGACGGAUCAGUCAUGGUUCUUCCACUCGCCUCUACAGUACUGGGGUGGUUCUGCCGAUAAUAUCGUUGCAGACAAGGACAUCAUCUCUACUGUCAACGAGAAGAAGACGCAGUCAACUUCGGUUAACGUAACCUUGCGGCACUCUAUUGUGUUCAGCGGCAAGCGUUUCGAGGAACGGAGACUUGUUGCUGCCGAUGCCCUGGUUAUUACCUUGAUUCAUCUCAGGGACUGUCCCCUUGGCCAACAGUGGGUUAGAAAUGCUGAAAGGCUGGCUGCCCAGGUACAAGACAAAUACACCGUCAUUCCGCAUGACGGCAAGAGCAUGGCAAGCCAGUUGUACGAGUUCCAGUUUCGACCAAUGUCAUGGCCUGACUGGUUUCUCUUGACCAUCGCUUACUCGCUCACCCUGUUUUACCUCCUCCUCAGCCUUUCCAAGCUCCGCGCCGUCAAGUCCAGGUUUGGGCUCAUGGCUACUAUCCUGGCCCAGAUUGCGGCUUCGAUCGGCUCCAGCUUCACCGUCUGCGCCAUCUUCAAGAUCGACCUGUCUCGCGUCCCAUACUAUGCCUACCCGCUUGUGGUUCUGGCUAUCAGUAUGGAGAACUCUUUCCGGCUGAUCAAUGCCGUCAUCAUGACCUCUUCGUCCAUUAGCAUCAGCGACAGGAUAGGAGAGGCCUUCGGCCAGACCGCUUAUGUUGCCGUCGCCAACAGGUUGCAGAACCUGGCCAUCCUCCUUGGCCUCUCCAGGAUCACGUUUCCAGGUGUUGCUGCGUUCUGUACGUUUGCUGCAGUGGCCAUUAUCUUCGACUUCCUCUACCUCGCGACCUUCUUCCUCGCGGUUCUUAGUGUGGAUGUACGCCAGCGAGAACUCUACGAGCUGGAGAAGGCUUCGGUGAGGAAAACCAAUGCCAUCUACGAGACCAGCUUGCUCGAUCGUAUCCGCCGGAUUCGCCAUAGCGGGGUGACCGUAUCAACUCGGGUAGCUGGUACCAUAGUCAUCCUUGGGUUUAUCCUGCUUGCACAGUCUCACUAUGCGCUAGAGAGCGGUAGUCAGUGGGUUCACUGGAUAUUUACGAGUUCCUGGAGGGUUGCAGAACCUGUUAUUAGCAAGUCCUCACUCCUGGUCGACAUCCAUCAAGCCAGAAGCCCCACGUCGUGGCUCCGCCUUCAGGACCAUGAAACUGCGCGAGAAGUCAUCAAUGUUGUCAAGCCAUGGGCGCACAGUUACGUUGCACGCGUGUACGAACCACUAAUUUUUGUGGCAAAGGGCGCCGAUCGCAUUCCCCAUAGUCCGGAACCUAUGUUCUUGCCGGCCGUGUACGACUUCAUCCACAACGAGAUUCCUCGUUUCCUGGUCUUCAUGUUGACGCUGGUGGCUCUGCUUCUACUUCUUACCAAUUACCUCCUACAGGGCAAUGGCAAGCACGCAAGUGAUCCCGACCAUCCUGAUAACGAGCCUCUGCUGUCGGUACGCUCUCUCAGCCACGGCCAUGACCUUGAUGUUGUCAAGAUGGCUGUUUCGCCAGGCAACAAGCUUGUUUCCGUGGGGUUGGACAGGAACAUACAGAUUUGGGAUGUACCCCUGAACUCGCGAACCCGCGUCAUGUCCGAUUCUGAAACCCCUCUGGAGAAUCCCUUCCCGGUCUUGGCCAUGGCUAUAGAUGACGACUCAAAGUGGUUGGCUCUCCUGACAUGGCAGAGGAUUUUCCUAUGGGACACUGAUGAACAACAGUGGGGAUUGUCGCUCGAGGUUGACCUAGGUGGUCACAAGCCCGAAGCCGUGUUUUUCAACUACGCGAACAAACCUUUGGAUUCGCCGUCUCUUGUCAUCGUGAGGAAGAACGGCACGAUGCUUGAGCUGGACCUUGAGGACGGGGCAUCUAAGGAGUUUACCAUCUGCAAGACUCCUUUUUCCAUGGCGCUGCCAUUUGCAGAGCUCAAGCUGCAUCCACGUAGUGAGGCAGCAACCUGGCGGGUGGAUUCCAAGGAAGCAAAGAUCACGACAGGCGAGGCAAAGGACAUUCACUCCAUCGUCCCUGCACCUGACCUGUCCAUGUAUCUCAUCUGCAGAUCCCGCUCUGUCGACCUGGUCGAUCUCGAAUCCUCGGCUGUCAUCCAGACCUUCAACACCGAACCCAUGGAGCCACGGUCACUGAAGCUUCUACUCUCCUCUCGUGGGGCUCCGCAGCACGGGCUGCCGCCACUGUCGCUGUGCUACAUCAGCUCAGAGACGGGCGAUCUCGUGAUUCAGACCUUCCACCGAGCAGACGAGGCCGACCCCGUGCAUCAUCCCAAGGACCAUGUGCCCGAAGCGCCUCGUCAGCCAUGGGAUGAGGAGAAGGAAGUGAAGAAGCGGAUCGAGAACCCAGGUCGCUGGGAGAUACUCCCCAACGGAGGUAUCGUAGGUGUCAGACGGGUACCUGUGGCAUCAUCGUCGUCGUUACGGCGUAGAAGCUUCCAGGCGAUGUCAUCAGGAGUCGGAGUCGGAAGUGGUUUGCGACGACGUGGAGGAGCAGCAGCAACAACAAACAACAGCACAGCUGAUUCCACUGACUCCACAACUCCCGACAUAGGCACGGCGACAUGGCAGGCCUGGGCCUUCAACAAUCUCGAAAGUGCCAGGACGAAAGGGAUCGAGACCCAGCCGCUUGAUCAACAAGUAGACGACGAGGAGGAGCAGGAUACCAGCAUGUAUGAUAACUUGCUGGUGUCAGAGCUGGGACCCAUGGUGAGACUAGGCACCGCGAGUGUGGCGGUGGGGCUUGGAAACGUGAUCAAGGUGAUCAGUGUUGGACACGAGCAUUUUGAUAAGGUGGUCACGAGGGACCGGUUGACGGCGGAGAACUUGAGGAAUCAAAACUUUGUUAGACGGAGGAAGACAGGGGUGGCGGCGCAUAGAGCGAGGGGAGGGGUGGCUGCUGGUGCUGGUGCUGGUGGUAUUUGA